UUGCAAAAUUCGAAAAGUCAGUUCAAAUAAAUAAAAAGAAAGGGGCUACAACUUUAGAAUACAAUAUUCAAGAAUUGCCGGUAAAAUCGAACCAAGAAUUUGAAAUAUUAUUACCAAGUCAAAAAGAUAACGAUGAUUUAGUCUUAUCUAAUAAAAAACCUGCAAGAUUUUUUAAUAUAAUUCGAAAGUUUAACACACCAGAUCCUAAAAAUAAUAUUGAAGCAAUCUUGACGAAUGACCAAAAAAUUCCUCAACAACCACCCGAAACAUUCAUUCCAAGACUCAUUGCAAAUUAUCCUGAAUUUUCUGACCAACACAUAAACGAAGCCAUUGCAGAAAAAGAGCAAUUUGAAAAAAAAUUGAUGGCUGAUUGGCAAUUUAGUAAUUGGCACAAAGAAAUAAAAAAGCAUAUUCAAAUUAAUAGGAAAGCUUAUCUUGCAUGGAAAAAAAAUUGUAUAUUGGAAGUAAAUAAGUCUAAACAAAUAUUUGCUAAGGGGCUUGCGGCAAAAAAAAUAAUGAUUGACGAUGUUCAAAAAAUAGAAAAACGAAAAUUUGAGUCUAACAGUGAUGAAUUAGAGGAUGAAGAUGAAUGUUUAAAAUCCACAAUGAAAAAAG